CGAAGGGGUUCGAACUGCUUCUCGAUCUCCUACAUAUGUCCCCUCUCCUAUUUUCCAAAGAUGCCUUGGCGUUCUGGUCCGGUAGCGAGGCGAUGGCGAUUAAUACCGGAAAACUAUUCAUUCCGUCUCACCCAUCGCAUAACAUGAACCCUGAACCUGAGUCUUCUGAAUCCUGAAUCAUCGUAAUCGUGAACAUUCUACUCGAUCCUUGCCACACGAGCGCCUCCCUCGCAGAUCUCCCAGAGCGCAGCGCCAACCCCACAGCAGAGUCGCAUCACCACGAGCUUAUCUGUGAUCCAGCGAUCACACCACGCCACACGACAUCGACGAUCUUGACGUCCCAGAUCGGAAUCAAAGUCGCGAAAAACAUGUUCUUCAAAGCGCUGCGAUCACGCCGACACUCAUCCAAGGAUUCAUGUUCCGUGUGCGACAAGACCAGCAUGCCGUCCGACUCGCCAUCGCAUCGCCACUCCCAACCCUCAUGUGCGCACACGGGCUCACAUUCAACAUCACAUACGCAGUCGCAGUCGCAGUCGCAGGACGGAUCAACGUCUGCGGGACGGACGGACUAUGAGGUCUUCCUGGAGAAGGCGCGCAGGGAAGAAGAAGAGAGGGCGAGGAUCAGACAGCAGGAGAUAAGGGAUGCGGAGAGGAGGCGGAGGGAGUUUACGCUGGAUCCGUGGGCGGGUAAGAUCUGAAGUUGGGGUUGUUCGUGCGUAGGGAAUACUUGCGAGGGGAGGCAAGUCUCCAGAGGUGGGCAUAUACAGGGGAGAUACGAGGGAGAUGCGCUGGAAAUAUGUGGGCUGGAAACGGGCUUUGGAGGACACACUGACGGAUGCUACGAGGGCAGGCGGGAAUCGCAUCCUCAUCUCAGUCUCUGUCAGCACCAGACAUGGCGAUAUAGAGACGAGGACGACAGCAAGCGGGCCUCCGACACACCUCACGAUACCCAAGAACGAAUGCGAGUCUCUGGCGGGAGACAUAUGGGGGCAGGACAGGAGUCUGCCUCUACAACGGACUUUAUGUUGGAGUUUCUGCGUUUAUGAUUCUUAUGUUUAUAACUAGAUACCCCCCUCGACGACAUCUUAUACCCAUACUUUGAAUUACCACUCUACAUAAAUAGCUACGGUGAUACGAUUAUGAACGGUG